AUGCGGUUCCCAUCAAAGCCAUGCAGCCCUCUGGCUGAGGCUAUUGACGAGUUUCUAGAGGAAAUGAAGGCUCGCGACCGAAAGGGCCGUUUCUACGAGGAAGUCCUAAACUCCAGAGCUGUCAUGGCGGUUUCCGAGGGACAAAAAGGAGUGAACGAAUGCGCGGGGAAAUUGACAGAAUUUGUCAAACAGAUCGAGCAGCGAGGACAUUCCUCAAAGACUACCAGAGUCCUGCUGGCGAUCGGCCCUUUCAUGGAUGGGCUACAGAACCUGAUGUCGGCUUGCCAGACUAUGAUACAAGCAAGUCCAUUCGCAGUCGGCGUGGUGUUUACUGGCGCACAACUUGUCUUAAGGCUGGCGCAGAAAAUGGGCAAGGCGCUCGAUGUCAUAACCGAAGCGAUGGCCGAGAUUGGUGCUUCUCUCAAGUGCUAUGGCAAGUUCGCGGUGGCAUAUGAGACAUCUGACGAAGUUCGCGAGCGGCUCGUGGCCUCAUACAAAAACAUCGUGAAGUUUUGGGCCACAGCAACGAAGCUCCUCGACCAGAACCUCAUUAUUGGGACGCUCAAGAACAUCCUAAACCCACUCGCAGAUGAGAUUCAGGGUACACUAGACUCUCUACGUCGAGAUUGCAGCAGGGUAGAAUCAAUAGCCCAUGCUGAAGAAGCUGUGCGCGCCAACGAAGACAGGAAGAGAUUGAAAGCAGAGCAUGAAGAGAAAUUGAAGAAUGGUAUUCGCGACUGGAUCAGUGCGGGUGAUGACCUUGACGUUCGCUGCGACCUUGAGUUUCACUCUGAGCGGAGGCAUGGCACAACAUGCUCCUGGAUAUUUGAAGACAAGAAGUUUCUCCACUGGCGUGACAGUACUUCGGAUCCCAUUCUCUGGUAUAAUGCACCUCCGGGUUCAGGAAAGACUGUUCUGUCAUCCGCAGUGGUCCAGCAUCUGUCUGAGCGAGGUCUACCUUCUGCAUACUUUUUCUACUCGUUCAGCGAUUUCACCAAGCGCAACCCUCUCACGGGUCUGAAAGCCUUGACGCUUCAAAUACUGAAUAUCUUGAAAACAGGCAUACCCGACCGAGUUGUUGAGCUGUACCGACAAGAAAUGGCGCACAAUGCGAGACAUCUACGACUCCGAGGGCAUGUGAUUGAAAUCUUACAUGCGUUGUUGAAGCAAUGCCCUCUCAUCUACAUUUUAGUCGAUGGGUUAGAUGAGAGCCUCGAUGACGAGAAUAUGCGAGCUACAUUGAGCUCCAUCAUCUCAGCUCCGGUAUAUGGAACUGUGAGGUGGUUCUUCACCAGUCGGAAGGAGGGGCAGAUCCAUAGUAUGAUGGAGAAUCUGAACGCAGUAUUCUUGUCUCCAGCCCGGUCAACACUUGCUGCAGAGAUCAAGCUAUUCCUGGCAGACGGUUUGCGCUCAAUCGCAAAAUCGUUGGAGCAGAUCGACGAUUAUGUCGAGUACAGCGAAGGAAGCUUUCUUUACUCGAAGUUUCUAAUCGAUACCCUGAAUGGAAAGGGUGUUACGUGCGACACCGACAUCAAGGCGGCUCUUCAUGAGUUUCCUCAAACUUUAACGGGAUAUUAUAUGCGCAGUUUGUUGAGGCUGUCUUAUCGCAGUCCACCUGAGCGUGAUCUUGUGCGGAGACUUUUCACGAUCCUCGUCACAGCUGUUCAAUCUAUCACUUGGAAUGAGCUUCGCAAUGCUCUCGCGAUUAGACCAGGUGCUCGGGAUUACUCGCCCGACUCUGUGCCAAAGGAGGACGCAAUACACGAUCUAUGCGGCUCACUGCUGCUAUUUGACCGUUCCUCGGAGCAGAACAAGACUAAUGCCAAGGUAAAACUGUUUCAUAAAACAAUUCAGGACUUCCUACUCCAGGAUCCCCGAGAUCUACCCAUCGACAAGUCAUUCAGUCAUGUUGAGGAGUUCAGACUCAAAGAGAUGAAGAAAUUCUUCGUCCAACCUUCGGAAGGCUCCGUGAAAUUUGGGUUAACUUGUAUGACUCUUUUGCAAUAUCGUCGAUACAAAUCAUUUUCUGCAGCGAAAGCAAUUCUGGACGACGACAGCACCGAAAAUGCGUUCCUGAAAUAUGCCGCAGCAUUCUGGUUUCUACACUUUAUGGACACCGAGCAUCAUUCCGAAGAGAUCUUUGAGGAAGUUCGAGCAUUCAUGGAAAGCGCCAGUUUUUGGACCUGCGUUGCUCUUCAGAGCUACAUUGUACCUUACAACUUUGGCCGUUAUGCACGCACAGGGGCCAAAAAAUACCAAAUGGGGGUUCGCCGGGCUGAUUGGAGUAAGGCCGACUGCUUUGCUGUCCCUCUACCUAAUUGGCUUGGGCAGUACCCGUAUGGAAAACUACUAGAUCAAGACUUUUGUUCAUUUGUGAGUGACUGGCAUGAGGCUCUUGCAUCCCGACCUGGUACGUUGGACCAAUGUGUGCCGCUGAGCAAUAUGCAAUCAAGACUUGGAAAUCAUCUUCAUCAAUCGGAAGGAAUCAAAGUCUGGAGAUUGAAUGACAAGAUAGACCCCGCAAAUGCCGCGCAAUUGCGAGUCUCUUCUAUCUCUCUUUCUGGUGCUAAGCUCUUGGCUGAGUUAGUUUGCAAGUAUCUAUCCGAUCCCCCUGGACGUAUUCACUACCACCGCGUUUCCGUCUUUUCCAAGGGAACAAAGAUCCAUGGCACUUUCGAUAAAGGAACUCCUUUAACGGACUUGGACAGUAUUGACACAGAUUUCCAACUUGUGCGCAAUGAUUCCCAGGUCCGGUUAUUAAAGUUUGACGGGUCUCGCCUUCAGCUUGAGCGAUCGUUGGAUGGUAUAUCCCAGAAAUUUUCAGCGCCAGGCGCUUGGAAAGCAGCCGUUCCAAGUCAAAGUUGGCAAUUGAGAUCGAAGUGUAAUCGCAAUACACCCCACGGAAAACUCACCCUCUUCCACGUUGUCCGGAACACACAUCAGUCAGUCAAUCCAAAGCACGACGAUUCAGAUUCGUCUGACUCGGAUAGCGAUUCUUGCUCCGACUCCAGUUCAGAGUCUGAGUCAGACGAUGGCACCAUCGUUGACUCCCACUAUGACUCUGGAUACGAAGAAGGUUCCUCUGCCAAAUCAAAACCCAGAUCAGUGGAACAACUACCCAAUGAGUGUGCGAUUAUAAUAUGGGAAUCGUCCCAACCUUUGUGGAUUCCAAUCGCUCUCAAUAAGGGGGCCCGCAAAGAAAUUCCAUUUGCGGUCCAUCCGUCUUUGCCUUUCGUUGUGUUGAAAGAUCUUAAUGGCCAUGUCCUAAUUGCCAACAUGGGCACUGGUAUCUGGAGUACUGAAACUGACUCUUUCCUGUUAGACGGAAAGGGUUGCCAAGGUAAGCUCUUGCCAUUUUUAUCGCCCGACACCUUGUUCGAUGGUCUAACAUCUGUAGCCUCCGAGAUCCACUUCUCUUCGUGCGGGCAGUUUCUCUAUUCUUUACAGGCAUGCUUCCGUGAACAGGAAGGCCAUGCGGAGUGUGCAUUGUCGCUAUCAACAAGUCGAUUCACUACGAACGAAGCAGGUAGCAGUUCGUUGGAUGAACCACGCAUCCAUCAACAGAUCACAUAUAAGAUGAAGGAACCCAUUGACAGUCUCCCGGCAAAUCUCGUUCUUGUGCACUGGAGUGAUAGCGAAGUCGUCGUUGCACUGCCACCACUGACGUGCGAGCCGAAAAUAGUGAAAUUUGGUCUUUCUCGACCAUCUAACAGUGGACCCGAUACACUCUGGAGUGCUGAGACACUACGAACUCCUAUCUACUUUCCCUCUUCGGCUAUAGUCUCAAAUCCAGUACUUCUCUACAGGCAUAGGUCUUCAUCAAAGGAUCAUGAACUGUUUCUAGCUCUGACCGAGAAGAACUCCGCUUCUCACCCGACGGACGUCGGCGAGCAGGAAACUUCUCAUGUGCCCUCUCCUGUGGUGAUUCGAUGGAAGAUACCACACAAGGAUGGAUGGAGGCUUUGGGAUUCAGAGAUUGAUGAAGAAUCAGAAGAUUUAAAGCGAGGUAUUGAUGACAUGAGGAUUUUGCGUGGCGGUUUCGUCGAUGGUGAUAAGCGAUUCUAUGUUCCCAUUCGAAGUGGAUUGGACUGGACACGAUCAGGGUAUUUGACAUGUUGUUAG